AUUGUUAUUGGUCAUUGAAAAAUACAUCGUAGGAAAAAAGCAGCAUUGAAUUGAAUCCUUAACGGAGUACUUUAAAUGGUAACGCAAACGCCCCAAUUCCUUCGUGCUCUCAAAGCUAAAACCCCAUCAAAAUGGUAUCAAAUAAUCCGAACCCGGCUGAGGGAUUUUUCCUGGACCCAUCGGGAAUGGCGUUGCCCGGACUUGGACCCUUCGCCACUGCAGCUGCGGCGGUGGCGGUUUCCGCCGUGUCGUCUUCCGAGGACGGGAAUACGAGGAUCCGAAAGCCCUACAUCAUCACCAAGUCCAGAGAGAGCUGGACUGAACCGGAACAUGACAAGUUCCUUGAGGCUCUUCAGCUCUUUGAUCGUGACUGGAAAAAGAUUGAAGCAUUUGUUGGGUCAAAGACUGUCAUUCAGAUACGUAGUCAUGCACAGAAGUAUUUCCUAAAGGUUCAGAAGAAUGGAACAACUGAACAUCUACCUCCACCUAGACCUAAAAGAAAAGCUGCUCAUCCAUAUCCUCAAAAAGCCUCAAAAAAUGCUCAAACCAAACCACAAUUAUCAGCGUCAUUUCAGUCAUCAGCUGCCCCAUUUGAUAGUGGAAAUGUUCCAGGGCCUGAAUCCUCAACAAUGUUUAUGAACCCUAUUACUAGUUCUGCUGCAUCUUCCUGGACAAAGAACAAGCAAACCAUUAGUUUCUCACAUCCAAAAGGGCCAGCAGCAAAUAACUCUUCUAGUAGCAUUGAGAGUACCCUAAAAACACAACAAAUUGGGGAAACUAAAACUACCGAGCAGGGAAAUAAUGGUCAUCGACCAAGAGUUUUGCCUGAUUUUGCUGAAGUAUACAGUUUCAUUGGCAGUGUCUUUGAUCCAAAUGUUACUGGCCAUCUGCAGAAACUUAAAAAAAUGGACUCCAUAGAUGUUGAAUCAGUGCUGCUGUUGAUGAGAAACCUCUCUAUAAAUCUGAUGAGUCCUGACUUCGAGGAUCAUAGAAGGUUGCUUUCAUCCUAUGAGAUUGAGCCACAGACAACCAAUCACGGUGAUAUAAAUAGUAACUUCCAGCCAAAAGUUAUGUCUAAAUUCUGAUAGCGAGAUGGCAAUGUGCAGUUGCAUCAGCCAGGCUCGUCUAUCUUUUCAUCCCCUUUUUAUCUCCAGUGAAUGGUGCUGACUACCAACUCAAAAUGUGUGCAGCGAAAUGGCAAUGUUCAAGUGCUGAUCUGAUCCGUUUUACAAUUCAAAAAUAAAUCUUCCCUUUCUGUUGUCAUGUAAAUAAUGUAGGAGAGGAAAGUCAAGAAAGAAGACAACCUACAGAAGGUAGGGGGGAAUACUGAUGAAGAGCAACAUAUGUGAGUGUACAGCGGAUUUAGUCAUUUAUAGAGGCCAUCUUGUAUACUGCUAGUAUUUUGCUAACCAGGUUUUGUGCGGUUUAAUUACCAAGUCAUGUUGUU